CUGUCAAUUGUAAAAUGAAAUUUUAUUUGUUUUGCUUUCAAUAAUACAAGAAUAGUUAUUCCUACGAAUUGAAAUACGAAGAAAAUAUAAUUAUUAAUUACAUAAGUACGUAGUUUGUUUGAAAUUUGCAAUUAUUAUCUAGCGCUGCAAGUACUUCAAGAGUAAUGCAAAUAUUGUAUUAAUUUAUCGUAUUUAAUGUUAAAAUUUAACUAUGAAGAUAAAUGAGAAGAAUUUGUGUGCUUUCGCUUCGUCCGCUACACCAGUGGAUCGAGAAGGAUGGCUGGAUCUUCGAGGAGAAGUAGGGAAAAACUAUCAGCGACGUUGGUUUACUCUUAAGGGAAAUCUUUUGUUCUACUUUGAUAAGAAAGGAGAUAAGGAACCUGUUGGCGUAAUUAUUUUAGAGGGUUGCACAAUAGAAUUAACAGAAGAGGAGUCUUAUAGCUUCAAAAUAGUAUUCCCCUGUGAAGGUAGUAGGACUUACUUUCUAUGUACCAACUCACAGGCGUCUAUGGAGGCUUGGAUGAAAGCUUUAGCGUGUGCAAGUUAUGAUUACAUGAAACUUAUGGUUUCAGAACUGCAGAGGCAGCUUGAUGAAGCUCAGGCUGAAGACGCAGCAGAAGCAGCAGCACUAGUUACAAUUACACCACCUGAAGGUGAAGAAGAACCUAAGGUACCUCCACGUGGCCAACGUCACAACCCAUUUAAUAAAAUGGCAGACGGGGAACCAAAAACUGUGACAGGAAGUAGGCAUCAUAAAGAAAGUUUAAGACCUGAAGUGGUGCGUAGGAAGGUACCAUUCCGUGACAUUCAUACCGCCUUUGGACGCAGUGUACUGGCUGAUCGUAGUGAGUGGCGUGCCAAGUUAAGAGCUAGAGAAGAGCAUGUUCCACCUUUAAUUCAACUUUAAAUUUGUACGGCUGGUGUAUAAAAUAUUGUGGUCAGAUUGUAAACUUUGUAAAAGAAUAGAUUCACUUUUUGAUAAAUAAUUUCAGGUCAGUUGAAUACUAAUGAAAGCAAUGCUGAAUAAAAUAAUAUUAAAAGUUACAAUUUUCAGCAAACUCAAUUGGAAUUUUACAAUGUGGUUGAUUUUAUGAUCGGGUCAUAACAGAGCUUUAUGUUGGACCACAUGGCAGAUAUGUUUGUAGAUUAAUUAAAGUAACAACAUUGAACCUGAUAAUUAUGUAAAGUUUAGAGAAUCUUAUUUCAUAAAUACUCUAAACAUUGAUCCUCCAAAUGCUUUGCAAGGAACUUCAUGGUGCAAAUGAAUUGUGGUAUUUUUCUUCACUCUUUAAUAUUUUUAGUUUAUCGACUGUGGAAUUAAACCUUUUUUAUCCUGCAUAUUAUCAUUUGGUCCUGAGUAAACAUGCAUAAAACAAAUCUUUCUCUCAUGUCUUGUGUGAAGAAUGUUUCUAGUCACACCAUUAUGUGUAUUUAUUGGCCUAUAGAAGUAUUUUAAAUUAAGAUGGACUAGUACAUAUUUAUUGACUUUUCUAUUGAUUAUAAAUAGUGUAAAUUGAUUAGAACUUUUAAUAUGAAUAUGUUAUUGUACUUGCCUUAAUAAGAUAAAUAAAAUAAAUGUUGUAUUAAGUAGUUUA